AACCGCAAAUGGUAGUCUGACGAUGUGCUUUUCGUUGUAGCAAUUUUCGUAAAUAAGUUUACUAUUUAAACUUAUAACACAGAAUAGUGCGAAUUUAAAAAAGUGCAUUUCUUUGCUCAAAAAAUAUCAUAUUUUUCACUUAACCACAUAAAAAGGUACGUGAUACGUUUUGUCCUUUUGAAACUGGGCUGAAAUAAAAGGACAUUGUAUGAAAACUAAAAAAAUGACCACAUCGUCGGAGGACGUUCUUUUGAGUGUAGGACAUGUAAGGUAUAAAAAGGGCGAUGGCACUUUGUAUGUGAUGAACCAAAGAUUGGCUUGGAUGCUUGAGAACAAGGACACUGUUGCUGUCUCUCACAAGUAUGCAGAUAUAAAAACUCAAAAAAUCUCACCAGCUGGAAAACCAAAAGUUCAACUACAAGUGGUGUUACAUGAUGGGGCAUGUUCCACAUUUCAUUUUGUCAAUCCGGCCGGGGCAGAGGCUCAGGCUAAAGACAGGGACCAAGUUAAAAUGUUAUUACAGAAUCUAUUACCCAAGUUUAAGAGACAGAUAGACGGAGAGUUGGAGAUGAAAUCUAAGCUACUGUCGUUACAUCCCACAUUAAAGCAUUUAUAUGAAGAUCUAGUUAUAUCGAAAGUUAUAAAUAGUGAAGAGUAUUGGAAUACGCCGACAUUGAAACAUUACACAGAAUCUACUAACAUGAAACAAGAGGCCGGCGUGUCGGGUGCGUUUCUAGCCGAUAUACAGCCGCAGACUGAUGGAUGCAAUGGACUUAAGUAUAACCUGACGCAGGACAUUAUAGAUGCCAUAUUCAAAACAUAUCCGGCGGUUAGGAAGAAACAUGUGGAUUAUGUGCCAAAUAAGAUGACAGAGGCUGAGUUUUGGACAAAAUUCUUUCAAUCCCAUUACUUUCAUAGAGAUCGUAUAAUGUCGUCAUCGAGUAAGGACUUAUUUGGGGAGUGCGCUAAACUUGAUGACCAAGCGAUCGCCUCCGCUAUGAAACACACAACCUUGGAUUUGACUGUGGAUCUACCCUCAUUCAAAGAACCAAUCCCACUCUUACCCGACGAUGAAACACACGAAAAGGAAAAAGAUGGUACAUCGAUACACAGGAACAUGAUAAAAAGAUUCAACCAACACUCCAUAAUGGUGCUAAAAGCUAGUCAUAAAAAUUCCAAUAGCAGUAGUAGUAAAACAAAUAAAGUCGAGAAUGGUAUGAAAGAAACGAACGGCGUCGAAAAAAGGCCGAGUGCAGACAAAGAUGUGACGGAGCCGGUUGAUAAGAAACGUAGGAUAAUGGAGAAGAUACAUUACGAGGACCUGGAUAAUGUGGAUAGCAAUGAAGAUACUCAGGAGUUGAAACUGUCAAAGGUAGAACGAUAUCUGUUGGGUCCAGCGUCUCAAGUGGGUCACACAGGAACGAGUUCCAGUAAUCCACCACCACUGUCCGCCCUGGCAUCUGUCUGUCAGGCGUGGAGUAGUGGUCAACAGUGUAGUCGCCCUGUCCGCGUGAGUGCAGCGGCCGCUGUCGGAGCUCUGGGUGAAUUAAGCCCGGGAGGAGCUCUAAUGAGGCAACACCACGCGGCCAGCAUGGCCCAGCUGGUCCCGCCGCCCGCCCGCCAGGAGCUCCAGCGACUGUACCUGUCAUGUGGCGAACUGCUCCGUGAGUUGUGGCGUUGUUUCCCUCAGCCGGGCGCUCCGCCCGAUGACGACGCCGGCACCAGGGCGGAGAGGUUCUAUGACGCUAUCAUGAGGUUCAGGAACCUUAAGCUGAGGCCGUUUGAGGAAAAAAUGCUACGUGACCUGACACCGCUGGCGUCGUCAUUAACAAGACAUAUGAAUCAAAUGAUCGAAACAGCCUGCGCCAAAUACGCUGUUUGGCAACAGAGACAAGCUAAACUUCGGUAGUACUGGAACUGACCGUUCUGGUUAUUAUAUGAAAAAUCAAAAAUUAUAUGCGACCACUACAUAUGAUAUACGAAUGAUAAAGAUAUCAAAAAAAAAUCAUUUUUCUUUUAGUCAAUGUCCAUUGAAUACUGCUGCCAAAUUGUAAAAGUUAUCUGAAUAUCAUGGAAAUUGUUUAGAAAUAAUUGUUUACUUUACUAUUGAUGAAGGGAAGAGAUAUGUUUGUUUACAAAAAAAAAACUUAAAAACCGGGUUCAAUACUGUGUGAGUGACACAAAAACAAUUCAAAUUAAGAUUAUAUAACAGUGACUGAUACAUCACCACAUUUAUACUGCCAAUAUACAUUUUUAGUUAAAGGUAGAAUAAAAAAAAAUAAACAGAUUAUAUAUUCAAAUUGUAUUGAAAUGUUGCUUGUUUAUGUCAAAUGUAAAAAAAAAACUAUGUACAUAUAGGUUUUUGUAUGAAUCUUUAUCCGAAUAACACAAAUUAAUACUAAGUUAGUAACAAAAGGCAUUUCGAAGACACCAAAUGUAUAUUGAUUUAGUUAUAAUAUCAGAACCCCCCGUUCACCCACAACAUGUUUAUUUAUUGUUAUUUAAUUAAUUUAAAUUAUCUCUGAACCAGCCAAUUAUAAUUUAUCUGCGAGUCCGAAUAUUUUUUUCACCCGCCAUUUAAAAUGCUAUAACCCAAAAUGGGUGUAACAAUUAAUUCCUAACGACAAUAAUCGUUCUAAAUUAUUACCAUAUCAAACUUUAUGUUGAAAAAAAAAUAUUGUUUAGUUUGUAAUUUUUGUUUAUUUCUAAGCAAUAGUUAAGCAUUGAAAUGGUAUUGUUACAAAAUUAAAGCAAUAUUUGUUAUAGAACUCACCACGAUAUUGACAGCUCAUGAAUAAUAUACCAUUAGUUAGGAUAUAAAAUUAAGAGACAAUAAAACAUUGUGUGUAUUAAAUUAUUGUCGACAUAGUUUAAAGAUCUAUUCUUUGAUAUUUCUUUCAUUCGUUCGUUCGUUCGUUCGUUCUUCCCAUAUCGGUUCUUAAUAUCGUGGCUGGUACAUUGAAUUGCUCUUCACACACAUUAUAUUGAAGAGACUGCUUAUUCCUCAAAUAGGGUAAUGUGUAAAUAAAUAAAACAGUAUUUUUA